AUGAGCGAUCUGAUCGGCGGAAGUCGCGGAACCUACGCCAGCGCCGUCUCCGGAAGGCAGCGGCGACUGCAGCAACAGCAACAGUACAUCACCUCCACCUCCACCUCCACUCCGCCCAGCCCGAUUACCGCUCCAGCAGAGAAUAUUGUCAGAAUGGAGAGCUACGACGAAAUGCCGCCCUUCUUCACGCCAUCUUAUCUCCGCACCUCUCGCCAUGUGUCCCGUCUCCGCUCCGCCCACGAACGACAAGCUCGAGAAGUUCGGRAACUCAGCAACAGUCAACAAUUCCCUCCUCACCCGCCCCAUCCCGGCAAAGUCCCCUCCAAUAUCCCUUCCAACCCGCUCCUCUCCGACGUUAUCGAACGAGUCCCUCCGAUUGAUCCAACGCUUCAUCCCCUUCCCACACAAUGGUCCCACUCCGACCGAAUCUCCACCCUCGAAGUCCUUUUAUCGGGGACUGAAGUCCGUUUCAACGGCAUCACGAAAACGACCGAUGAAGCUGCCAGUAUCCGCUCCGACAAUCCCAUCCCGAAAGAAGUGGGCAUCUAUUACUUUGAAGUCACAAUUCUGUCUCGCAGUAAGGAUUGUUUGAUUGGCGUGGGGUUUUCAUCCAAAAAGGCAAAUCUGAAUCGUCUACCGGGCUGGGAGAAUGAAAGCUGGGCAUAUCAUGGUGACGAUGGCUUCAUCUUUGCUUGCACCGCCAGUGGGAAAGCGUAUGGGCCGAGAUUCGGUGGCACGGACACGAUUGGUUGUGGAGUCAAUUUUAGGAAGGGAGAGGCCUUCUUCACCAAGAAUGGAGUGUUACUGGGGACGGCAUUCACCGGAUUGAAGAGUGAUGGGAAGUUGUUUCCUUCAGUGGGCAUGAAGAAGCCGGGGGAGCAUGUCAGGGUCAAUUUUGGAAGGGGAGAAUUUGUGUUUGACAUCGACGGUUUGGUGCGGAGGGAGAGGGAGAAGAUCAUGGAGGAUAUCAAGAAGGUCGACGUCAAAGAAUUGCAUCCUCCGGACGAUGAGGGACAGUUGGUGCGGAAUCUCGUUGGGCAGUAUCUUGCUCAUGAAGGAUAUGUGGAGACUGCGAGAGCGUUCAAUCGGGAGUAUACGGAUCGGGAGGAGAGUUUACUACCAGAAAACGAGAGAGGGCGAGGGAGAGGCAUACAAGAAAUGGAAGAGGAGGAUGUGCAUGCUGUGAAUCGGCAGAAGAUUCGGAAGAGUAUUCUGGAAGGGGAUAUUGAUCGCGCAAUGAAGUUACAACAGAGUUAUUACCCGAGAUUGUUCGACGAGCAGAGGUUAAGAGGGGUGUGGUUUCGAUUGAGAUGUCGGAAGUUUGUGGAGAUGAUGAAGAGGGUGAGUGAGAUGUCUUCCGAGGUGGAGGAAGAUCAGAAUGACGACGAGCAUGGCGGAGAGGACGAGGAGCAAGAACAGGACACACAGAUGGAUCUCGACAAUCAGCUCCACGCCGAACAAGAACAACAACAACAACAACACCACCACCAAGAACUCGAUCGAGAUAAUGACCAAGACAUGCUCGACACCACCGCCUCUCUCGAUUCCACCACUUCCAAAAGCAAAUUCCACCACAUCCACCGCAGCACACUCGAAUCACAAAUCCUGCAAUACGGAACCUCCCUACAACAAGAUUUCGGCCAGGACCCCGAUCCUGAAAUCCAGCGCAUAUUGAACGAUGCUUUUGGGGCCUUGGCAUAUAGUGAUGUGAGGGAAAGUCCCAUGGCGAAGAUGUUUGAAGAAGCCGGCAGGGCAGAGGUGGCUGAGGGCGUCAAUGGAGCGGUACUGAUGAGUUUGGGAAAGGCGAGCGAGGCUGCUUUGGAGAAGGUUUGUGCGCAGACGGAGGCGCUGCUGGAUGAAUGGGCGGGUAAGGGAGGUGGUGGGGCUGGGUUGGUUUGUGUUCGGGGGGAUUUUUUGGCGGGAGAGGCGUUGUGA